CGUUCAUGAAUUCAACACAUUCAAAGCCAAAACCCCAAAGAAUGAGUGUUCAAAAUUCCCAUUUUUACCGAUCUUGUUAGGAUCAUCUUUCUAAUUCUGAAAUUUUCCAAAUAUAGUCUUGGAAAUCAUCAAAUUCUUUACCUUUUCUUUGAUCGGAAUCGAUCGGAUUGGUAAAAGAUGCUGGAUCGGAUUUUUGGGACUCGCCGGACCCGUCAAUUCCAGCGGAUUCUGCGCAACGGCAAGGUCACGCUUCUCUGCUUGGUUCUCACCAUCGUCGUCCUUCGUGGGAACCUCGGCGCCGGCAAGUUUGGUACGCCGGAGCAGGACUUUAAGGAGAUCCGCGAAACGUUCUAUCAGUACCGUGGCAAGCGUGCCGAGCCACGCCGCGUCCUCGAAGAAUUGCAAACCACCACCGAGCAGACGGCGUCGUCGGCGACCAACAAUUAUGCCGAAUUUGACAUCAAUAAGUUGUUUGUUGAUGAAGAAGAAGAUGUGAAGAAAAACCCUAAUGAACCCUACAGUAUAGGGCCGAAGAUCUCAGAUUGGGACGAACAAAGAGGUGAAUGGUUGAAACAAAACCCUAGUUUCUCUAAUUUUCUUAAUGCUAAUAAGCCUAGGGUUUUGUUGGUAACUGGGUCCUCACCUAAACCUUGUGAGAAUCCAGUUGGUGAUCAUUAUUUAUUGAAAUCAAUAAAAAACAAGAUAGAUUACUGUAGGGUACAUGGGAUAGAGAUCUUUUAUAACAUGGCUUUGCUUGAUGCUGAAAUGGCUGGUUUUUGGGCUAAACUUCCAUUGAUUCGGAAACUUCUUUUGAGCCAUCCUGAGGUAGAGUUCUUAUGGUGGAUGGACAGUGAUGCCAUGUUUACAGAUAUGGCAUUUGAGGUACCUUGGGAGAGAUACAAAGAUAAGAACUUGGUUUUGCAUGGUUGGAAUGAAAUGGUUUAUGAUCAAAAGAAUUGGAUUGGAUUGAACACCGGUAGCUUUUUGUUGAGAAAUUGUCAGUGGUCUUUGGAUUUACUUGAUGCUUGGGCUCCAAUGGGUCCGAAAGGGAAAGUUAGGGAUGAAGCUGGCAAGAUUUUGACUAGAGAGCUCAAAGAUAGACCUGUUUUUGAAGCAGAUGAUCAAUCUGCUAUGGUUUGGUUAUUGGCUUCUCAGAAAGAUAGAUGGGCUAGUAAGGUUUACUUAGAAAACCAUUAUUAUCUCCAUGGGUAUUGGGGGAUUUUGGUUGAUCGAUAUGAGGAAAUGAUAGCAAGUUACCAUCCAGGUCUUGGUGAUCAUAGAUGGCCUCUAGUUACUCACUUUGUGGGUUGCAAACCUUGUGGGAAAUUUGGUGAUUACCCAGUUGAAAGGUGUUUGAAACAGAUGGAUCGUGCAUUCAAUUUUGGGGACAACCAGAUUCUGCAAAUGUAUGGAUUCACCCACAAAUCGCUUGCUAGCAGGAGGGUAAAACGGACAAGAAAUGAUAGUAGCAAUCCUCUUGAGGUGAAGGAUGAGCUUGGUUUGCUUCACCCUGCAUAUAAAGUUACUAAGAUUUCAUCUUCUUGAAAAACUCUUAUGAAGGGGAUAGGCUUCGAUAUUUGAAUUAGUUUGUCAUUUUCACCCAUGAUUCGUAUUGUGCUCUAAGUUAUGAUACAUUUGGAUUUUGUAUCGUUCUUUUAUUUGUCAAAUGUCAUAGCCUGUUGAUUGUAUUGAAAUUUUUUCUUGUUACUAGCCAGUUAAGUUUAUAUGGAAGGCAAACAAAUAGCUUGAGCCAACUUUUGUUACACGUUUACUAUCUCGACUGUUGUCAGAAAUAUUAACCACAUAUUUAUACAUCCGUUCUUCGUUGCAUUAGUUGGCUUAAUUCUGUC